UUGCCUCCCGACCGCAAAGCAAACACUGAAUCACAACCUCAUAGGAGGAGAUCAGAAACCACAGAUACACACCGUGCCUCUCAUAACCAAAAGUGGCAUCCAGUCUAGCUUAGACUUCUAGUUUAGACUUCUAGCCUACAGCUCAACCAAUUUAGUCAGUUGAUGAGUCAGUUCGCUACAAACCAAUUCUUUAUUCUUAAAAAAAAGUGAUACAUAUCUUAUGGAACGUAUUUCUUAAGGCGCAUCCCAUUGUAAUAGAGUCUAGUAAAUUGAGAGCAAGUGAAGUUUUGUUGAGAGAGGAGAGAGCGCAGAGAGCGAGGAUGGCUGCACUGAUCAGCGCGUACUCGUCUUGGCCGGAGAGCUUUGAGUGCUCGGCGGGAGAUGGAGACGUGCCCGACGGACAUGGCUCACACAGAACUCGCGUGGACAAGGCGUCGGAGCCGCGCAUCAGGCGGCCCAUGAAUGCGUUCAUGGUCUGGGCCAAAGAUGAGAGGAAGCGCCUGGCUGUCCAAAACCCAGACCUGCACAACGCAGAGCUCAGUAAAAUGCUAGGCAAGUCGUGGAAGGCGCUGACCCCCUCUCAGAAGCGUCCCUACGUGGAGGAAGCCGAGAGGCUGCGGGUGCAGCACAUGCAGGACUACCCCAACUAUAAGUACCGGCCUCGCCGGAAGAAGCAGCUAAAACGCAUCUGUAAACGCGUGGACCCCGGCUUCCUGCUGGGCAGCCUGGCGGGCCCCGACCAGAAUGCCUUGUCCGACCCCCGGGGCCUCUGCCACCCCUUGGGUUUGGAUAAGGACGGGGAUGGGGUUAGUGGUGGUGAUGGAGGUGUUGGGUUCUCGACCCUCUCUUCCCGCAGCCCAGGGCCUCUACCUGGGGUUAGAUCCUUCAGAGACGUACCGUCCAGCUCCAGCUCCAACAGCUUCGACACCUAUCCCUACGGCCUCCCCACCCCGCCUGAGAUGUCCCCUCUGGAUCACGACCACCCCUCCUACUACCCUUCCUCCUCUUCCUCCUCCUCAUCCGUCUCUUCCCCCGAGGAGCGCCACCAGCACCGUCAGGGUCAGACCCCCGGAGGUGGAGGUGGGGGUCCCAUGUGUCUCAGUCCUUCAUCCUACCACCCUGACUACACCCCCACUCAGACUUCCAUUCACUGUGGUGGCUCCCACUCCCACCUGACCCAUCUCUCCCACUUGUCCCAGACCCAGUCCGGAGGCCUCAUCCCUGGGCAUCCUCUGACCUACUACAACCCAUCCUCCUGGUCCUCCCAGCUCCAGGUCCACCCGGGCCUCAAUCACCCUCACUUAAGGCACCUUUCCCCAGGUCACCACCAACAGCACCACUUGGGUCAGCUAUCCCCUCCUCCCGAGCAGAACCACAGUCAUCUGGAGACUUUGGACCAGCUGAGUCAGGUAGAGCUUCUAGGGGAGGUCGACCGCGAUGAGUUCGACCAGUACCUGAACUCGACGGUGGCCGGCGCUGCAGCAGCAGGGGUGGGGGUGUUCCGUUCCGAACAGGAAGGAGGAACGAUGAUGGUGACCGGUCACAUCCAGGUGACAUCGGCCUCAGCUCCGUCUUCUGAGAGCAGCGUCGUCGGGGAAUCCAGCCUGAUCUCUGUGCUGGCGGACGCCACGGCAGCAUACUACAACAACUACGGCAUCUCUUAGACAGGACGGGUUGUCGAGUUACCUGGUCGCCAUGCCUACGCCCGCCGCUCUCGUCGUCACACCUGGAACUGACCAGGGGACAUAUGUCUCAAGCGUUUUAGAGUAGGAGUGCAGAUCUAGGAUCAAGUCCCCCCCCCCCGGUCCAUGUAAUCUGAUUCAUUAUGAUCUAGGAUCAGGUCCCCUCCUCUCCAUGUAAUCUGAUUCAUUAUGAUCUAGGAUCUGUCCCCUCCUCUCCAUGUAAUCUGAUUCAUUAUGAUCUAGGAUCACGUCCCCCCCCCGGUCGAUGUAACUUGAUCCAUUAUGAUCUAGGAUCAGCCCCCCCCUCUCUCUCUCUCUAGGCCCCAAACAGGGGAGAGAGAGAUACAGAGAGAAAAAGAUACAAAGAGAGAGAGCGAGAGAGAGAGAGAGAGAGAGAGAGAGAGGUACCUCAGGGAUGCUCACAUCGAGCACUCGUUUGUCACUUCUAUCUGUCUAUUUCCAAAACAGAAUAACAAUCGGGACAGUUUGAGUCGUUGAGGUAAAAUGUCUUAACGUGUUGCCAGUAAGGCUCAGGAGCUCUCAUCUCUUAUCGAAGUACUUUGAUGUUUCACCUAAAUACUUUAUUAUAAUAUUAUUAUUAUUAUGAAUUAUUUCUGUUUUGAAUGUUUAUAAUUUGUUACCCAACAAUUAGUUGGGGAGUUUUUACCUCAGUAGUUGAGUAGAAAAUGAGGAUUAGAUGGAUUCAAUUCUCCUGGACAAAUGGUACCCUGUUCCCUAAAUAAUGCACUACGUUUACCCAGGAACCAUUGGGCUCUAGUCAAAAGUAUUGCACUAUAAAGAGGAAUAGGGUGCCAUUUUGGGACGCUCCCACAGUGUAUCAUGAAGAAAAAUACUUGAUAUACUUUUUUAUUUUGACGUACUUCAUGUAUAAUCAUAAUCUUUACAAUGAAAAUAGCAGUGAUGAUAACUAUUUACUGUAUGCUGAUUUAUGGUUUGUGAAAUUGAAUAAUUUAAAAUAAAAGUUCCACUUUUAUAUAAAAAUAUUUGCAACUUGGAUAUAACCACACGCCGACAUGCACAGACUAACAUCAAAAUAUUUUUUAUCGUUUUGGUAUAAUACUGCAUAAUACUCAAAUAUACAGUACCAGUCAACAGUUUGGACACAUCGACUCAUUCCAGGGUUGUUCUUUAUUUUUUACUCUUUUCUACAUUGUAAAAAUAA